CGAUCAGCCAGUGAACAGAAGAAGCCGGAGAAUCCGGUUGAAAAAAAAAAACAAUAAAAGAAAUGUAUUAUUAUCAUUAAUAAGAUAAUAAUAAGAAAAAUAGAUUUCACACCACAUAUCGUACACUUUGAUUAGAUUGGAGAACAUGGCGCUAUGGUCGAGGUUAACUUCUAAACAAACACCCCUACGGACAUGUUUAAUUACUGCCCGGUUCCUAGGGAAUGGGACGAAGGUUUUAUGGCAGAAAAGUCCCUCUUUACCACAGGCAGAAUUCUUUCCUCCAUCUGAAGGAGUGAUGCUUCCUCCUGGGACUUUUAAAAACAAAGUGGCUUUCAUCACCGGAGGAGGUACAGGCCUGGGUAAAGGCAUGGCCACGGUUUUAUCUACCCUCGGGGCACAGUGUGUGAUAGCCAGCAGAAAACUGGAUGUUCUCCAGCAAACUGCUGAAGAAAUCUCAAAUCAGACUGGUAAUAAGGUGCAUGCUGUGCAGUGUGAUGUGAGGGACCCGGACUCUGUAAAGGCUGCCAUAGACCAGCUUGUCACUAAUGUUGGGCUUCCUGAUGUGGUAAUCAACAAUGCUGCAGGAAAUUUCAUUUCUCCUUCUGAAAAGCUCUCGGCAAAUGCAUGGAAAACCAUAACAGACAUAGUUCUGAAUGGCACAGCCUACAUCACACUGGACAUAGGGAAACGACUAAUCAAAGCUCAGAAAGGUGCCGCUUUUCUAGCAAUCACCACCAUAUAUGCUGAGAGUGGAUCUGGGUUUGUCAUGCCGAGUGCAUCUGCUAAAGCAGGCGUGGAAGCAAUGUGCAAGUCUCUGGCAGCAGAGUGGGGACGAUACGGCAUGAGGUUUAAUGUUAUUCAGCCUGGCCCAAUCAAAACCAAGGGUGCUUUUAGCCGCUUGGACCCCAUGGGUGUGUUUGAGAAGUCAGUGACUGAGAAGAUACCAGUGGGUCGGCUUGGUACUUCAGGGGAGAUUGCCAAUCUGGCUGCCUACCUUUGCAGUGAUUAUGCCAGCUGGGUGUCGGGUGCGGUCAUUAGAAUGGAUGGUGGUGAAUAUGUGUUUAUGGCUGGGGAAUUCAAUUCGCUCUGUAAGGUCACACAAGAUCAGUGGGCUAUUAUGGAGAGCAUGAUCAGAGGCACAAAGGGCUCUUAAAUGCUGGAUGAUCCACUUCACAGCUAAAACCACUGGGAUUCAUAUCAAUCAAGAUGUUAAGCGACUUCUUAAACUGCUUUAAAAUUCUCUAAUCAUGUUAAGACUACUGUAUAUCAACAGUAAACUGUAUUAGCAGACAAGAAUUGCUGCAGGAUUCAUUUGAAAACUGUUUUUUCACUAGUUAUAUACUUUACAAAAUAAUAAAUGAAAAAAAAUUACUAGUCCUUUAAGUAAAAUUUUCCAUUCAUGUGAGAAAAUUGCAACUUAUAGAUAUUAGGUAUAGUACUUCUGUAUGGUGUUACAAAUUACAUAUGCUGUUGCCUUCACAGAUUGUCAAUUCGUUCUCUGUAGAAGUAAAAAAAAAAAUGCAGGAAAGAAUUAUGUUCCUGAAAGGGAUUGCCAAACA